AUGUCUUCUUCAAAAUCAAAUCGGCCUAGAAAAUUUGAAUCGGGUUGGGACAAGCUCAAGAAAAAACGAAGAAUAGAUGCUUUAGUCCAAUUCCAGAAAGGAGCUAUAGAUAGGUUUGUUACAAAAUCUACACAAGUGUCAUCUGAUAAUCCGAGUCCAACACCUGACCAUGGGCAAGCAGUUGAUAAUAAUAUUGAUAGUGAUUCUGUAAAUCCUUCAAAAAAUAAUGUUGAAGUUGAGGAAGCUCUUCCUGGCAGCACAAAUACAAAUAGUGAUGACUUGAAUCCCUCUUUAGAUGCUAGCGAUUCUUUUCAGCCUGAUAUAUUUGAUCCAAGAUAUUGGGAUUCACUUGAUCGUCAACAAGUUGACAUUUUAGCACAAAAGGGACCCAAAAGAGACUUACUAAUUCAGAAGGGUCCAAAGGAUAGGUUUUCCAGAAGGUUUUCUGCACUAUUUUAUACUAGGUUUUUAUCAAAUGGAGAGGGCUGUGAUAGGGAUUGGCUUGUAUAUUCUAAGGAACUUGAUAGAAUUCUAAAAGAUAACAUAACUGAAUUGACUGUCAAGUCAGUUUCAGCUACACGGUGGGAGAGUCGAAUUGACAGUGUUAAAGCUAUCAGAUUUCAAUGUGCAGACAUUCGGGAGGCUCUACUUCAGGUAUCUGAUAUUAAUAAUGAUCCGGGAAAGAGCAGUGAGGCUAAAGAAACAUUGAAGACCUUGGAUGACCAAGACUUGAAGUCUUCUUGUGAUAAUCUUGAGGCUGCCCUUAAAAAGGAUGGAAAAUCUGAUAUUGAUGCCAAAGAACUAUACAUGGAGUUGAAGUUUCUACGAGAAUUUAUUCCAGAAGAAAGAAUGGGGCCUAUUGAAAUUCUGUGGUUUUUAAAGGAUCAUGGUUGUUUUCCUAAUGCAACUAUUGCAUAUAGAGUUCUAUUGACUAUUCCUGUCACCGUUGCAUCAGCCGAUCGAAGCUUUUCUAAAUUGAAGCUAUUGAAGACUUAUUUGCGUUCUACAAUGACACAAGAAAGGCUUAAUGAUUUGGCUAUAAUAGCACUUGAAGACCCUAAUAACUCAAAAGGAGAAAUCUGCUCCAUAUCUCGUCGCUCUCCUCUCUCUCUCGUUCGAUCAAGCAGCAGAUCAAGGGAAGAUUUUCGAACGUCCAUCUUCACCAUCAUCCUUUAUCAUCUUUUCUCUCUACCACCAUCGUCAGGAAAGUCACCAUCAUCCCGUCAGGCCCUUUCGGCGUUGUUCCAGCAAGUUCUCCCCUCCGUCAUCGGACGUUUCCAACGGCCAUCAUCAUCAACCAGGCCCUUGUUUUCCGGCCGCUACCCUUCGUCCAUGUCGUGUGUUCAGGUCCCGGGCCCUUGCUGGUCAUGCCGCUACUGCACCUUCCUUCCGACGAGACGCGAGAAGCCGUCGAGCCUUGGUCCCGUCAUCCCCGUUCGUGCCCCGUCCCCUUUCUCCAAGUUUUUCUCGAGAACGGUACCGAGGCCCGAAUUCUCUUACGUCUAA